AUGGAAAUGAGAAUCCCCCGCCGCCUCUUCAAUUCAUACGAUACAGACGAUAAAGACCCAACAGCAGAUGAUACUAUCCUACACGUUUUUGUUGAUGUUAGUAUCCAAGCUUAUGGCGCGACAGCUUACCUUUGCAGACGACAACAAUCGACUCUAGUGAUGGCAAAAUCCCGUGUAGCACCCUUGAAGAAAAUCACAUUGCCAAAGUUAGAACUGAUGGCAGCCGUGAUCGGAGCACGUUUUGCGAGACACAUUCUACAAGCGAUAGACAUACAAAAUGUGAUAUUUUGGUCAGACAGUCAAAUCGUGUUACACUGGCUGAGCACCUCGAGACUGGUAAACAGAUUCGUCCAAAAUAGAGUUACAGAGAUAAGAGACUUAACCCAGAACCGGAAGUGGAAAUACUGUCCCAUAAAACACAAUCCAGCCGACCUUCUCACAAGAAGUAUCACAGCAUCCCAGUUCAGAAACAAUCACCUAUGGAUGCAUGGUCCAGACUGGUUGACUAACCAAACUCCGUGGCCUGUAUGGAUGCAGGCAGACACCAUCACCAUGGCAACCUUGACAGACGAGACGCAAGAAACAGAUGAGCAUCCGUUUCUAGGCAGUCUACUUCAAGACCGUCUACACGUUUUAAUAGACUUGUCAAGGUACAACAGCUAUAGAAAACUUAUUCGAGUCACUGCAUACGUCCUUAGAUUUAUAAACAACUGCAGGGCCGUCACCAUACGACGAAGACACCCUUUAAACGUAACAGAACUACAGAACGCAGAGCACGGGUGGCUACAGAAUUGCCAGCACACUGAAUAUGCCAGAGAAAUAUCCAGUCUGAAGACCUCUGAGAAGAGACUACCCAUAGUGCGCCAGUUGAAACUAUUUCCUCACGAAAGAGGAGAUUUACGUUGUGGCGGAGAAUACAAAACGCCCCAUUAG